CUUGGCUCUUCAAUUUUCGUUUGGUAGCCUGCCAUCUUCUUUUCAGCCUGCGGCCUUCUUGUCGCUGCCUCCUCUUCAAGCCGGUUUCACGGUGUAGCCGCAGACCACCCAAAACACACCAAACAUGUACGCCGCCUCCCGCUUCGUUCUCCCCGCGACCCGGGCCACCGUGCUGCGGCCUCUGAGCUCUGCGGCGUGGGCGCCCGUCAGCAGCCCCGUGACCGCGGCGCCGGCCGCCAGCCAGGCCGUGGUGCCCUACCGGUCCAUCCAGACCUCGGCAGUCUCGCGCGACAUCGACUCUGCGGCCAAGUUCAUCGGCGCCGGCGCGGCCACCGUCGGCUCGGCCGGCUCCGGAGCCGGAAUCGGCUCCGUGUUCGGCUCCCUCAUCAUCGGCUACGCGCGCAACCCGUCCCUGAAGCAGCAGCUCUUCUCGUACGCCAUCCUGGGAUUCGCCCUGUCCGAGGCCAUGGGUCUGUUCUGUUUGAUGAUGGCGUUCCUGCUGCUGUUCGCGUUCUAAGCGACCUCGGCUGAGAGGAGAGGAGACGGGGAGGGGAGCCGGCCGGUCGCGGCGCCGGAUCGGGGCCGCCGGCCGGGCGUGCCCCGAGCCCGACGCGCGGCUAGCGCCGAGAGACUGAACGGGGUCGUGUAGGGCCACCGCCUGGCUGGGUGUCGGAUACAUGUGAUUUGAAGCGUGUUUUGAGCGACCAGGUGAGCCGCACCGAAGGGGUGUCCGCCGCGAAAUGUGUGAGUGGGUGUCAACCGGCUAGAUAUACAAAUAUACACUUCUACACGACCAGA